AUGCCACCUAUUCAUCGUCCCAACUUGCCUCGUAUCAUCACCUACUACCAGACCCAUCAUGACGCAAGUGGCCAGCUCAUCUCGGCGCUGCCGCUCGUCACAGCCAAGGGCAUAGAGCUGACACAUCUGAUCGUCGGGGCUAUACACCUGAACGACGACCCGAACGGCAUGACGCUGAACGACCACCACCCGGACCAUGAACGCUUCACCUCUCUGUGGGCCGAGUUGCGCAUCCUGCAGGCUAGCGGUGUCAAGGUCUUGGGCAUGCUCGGUGGAGCUGCAAAGGGCUCGUACGAGCGGCUCGACCAGGACAGGCUGACCUUUGAGCGCUACUACGUCCCCCUCCGGGACAUGGUGCGGCGGCGGGGGCUGGACGGGCUGGACCUGGAUGUCGAGGAGCCCAUGAGCCUCGCGGGCAUCAUCCGCCUCAUCGAUCGGCUGCGCGCCGACUUUGGGCGAGACUUCAUCCUCACGCUGGCUCCCGUCGCCGCUGCGCUGUUGGACCCCAUGAGGAACCUGUCCGGGUUCGACUACGAGGCACUCGAGGUCAUGCGCGGCUCCGAGAUAGCCUGGUACAACACCCAGUUCUACUGCGGCUGGGGCGAUUGCAGCAAUCCCCUCAUGUACGAGAUGAUUGUGGCCAGGGGCUGGCCUGCCAACAAGGUGGUGGUUGGCAUGGUCACAAAUCCCGAAAACGGCGCCGGCCAUGUGCCCUGGGAGUCCCUCUCUACCGUCAUCCCGCUUCUUGUAGGUCGACAUCCCAACUUUGCCGGGGUCUCUGGCUGGGAGUACUUCAACUCUCUGCCCGGCGGCAGAGAGAAGCCAUGGGAGUGGGCCGAAUGCAUGACGGGCCUGCUCAGAGGGGAAAAGCCCAUCCCGCCGACUGCCCUUCACCAGUGGGCAGACCGAGCCAGCCACGCUCUGGUAGAUAUAGACCCGGACAGCCAGGGUGACGGCGCGGCCCCAGUGCCUUGUGAAUUCGAGUAUCACACGGAUACAGAUACUGACGUGGAUUGA